AUGGGCAGCGUCGGUGAUCCAAAGCCCGAGCGGAUCUUGAAGACUGAUCUCCAUCAGUAUGGUAAGAGACGUGAUACCACAGGUCCCUAUGCAGACAACCUUGAUUUAGAUGUCCUCAUCAUUGGAGCUGGCUUUGGAGGUGCCUAUUCGCUGCACGAGUGCAGGAAGCAAGGCUUCAAGACUGUCCUCUACGACGCUGGGCAGGGCUUCGGAGGAACAUGGCGAUGGAAUGUAUACCCAGGUGCCAGGGUCGACAGCCCCGUCCCAAUCUAUGAGCUAGCCAUUCCAGAAGUGUACAAGGACUUCUACUGGACGACAAACUAUCCAGGAUGGGACGAACUUCAACGCUACUUCGACCACGCCGACAAAGUUCUUGGUCUGAGCAAAGAUUGUGCAUUCGAGACGGUGGUCAUUGGCGCAGAAUUCGACAAGGACGAAGGCAAGUGGACCGUCAAGACACAGGAUGGACGGACUGCGAAAGCUCGAUUCCUCAUUGUUGCUGCCGGGUUCGCGGCGAAGAGAUACAUUCCUGAUGUACCCGGCCUUGACUCCUCCAAGGGCACGAUUCAUCACACCUCUUUCUGGCCCGCUGAGGGCGUCGACUACAAGGCAAGCUGCAGGAAGUACGAUACGCUUUUGACGACCGCGCUGACAUCCACUCAGGGCAAGAAGGUAGCUGUCAUCGGCACUGGUGCCUCAGGCGUUCAAUGCAUCCAAGAGAUGGGCCCAGAAGUCAAUUCGCUCACCGUAUACCAACGAACCCCGAAUCUAGCGCUCCCAAUGGGCAAGAGGUCUCUCUCGAAAGAAGAGCAAGACGCAAUGAAGCCACUCUAUCCGACGAUCCACGAGAUGCGUGAGCGUUGCUUCGCCGGCUUCCACUACGAUCUCUGCGAACGCAACACCUUCGACGACAACGAGGAAGAGCGCGAGGCUCACUUCGACAAGCUCUGGGAACAAGCUGGCUUCGCCUUGUGGCUUGGCGGAUACAAAGACUAUUUGUUUGACCAGAAGAGCAACCGUGAGAGCUAUAACUACUGGCGCAAGCAGCAGUCGAAGCGUGUCAAGAAUGAGCAAAAGAAGAAGGUGCUCUUCCCGGAAGAGCCUCCACACCCGUUCGGCGUAAAGCGCCCAUGUCUCGAGCAGAACUACUACGAGGUGUUGGACCAGGACAAUGUCACCAUUGUAAACAUCAAUGAGGAGAAUGGAACACCGAUCGAACGAUUUACCGAGAAGGGCAUUGUUGCCAAUGGCGAAGAACGAGAGUUCGACAUCAUUGCUUUGGCAACUGGAUUCGAUGUGGUAACCGGAGGCAUGACGAACAUGGGUCUGAAGUCGAUCAAUGGAACAUACCUCAAAGAUGAGUGGAAAGCGGCGGCGAAUACGUUCCUGGGGACCACCAUCUCCGGCUACCCAAAUCUGUUCCAUAUUUAUGGACCUCACGGACCGACUCUGCUCUCUAAUGGACCAUCGACGGUGGAGAUUCAAGUUCGUUGGAUUAGGGACGCUAUUAAGCAGAUUGAACGCCAAGGACUGAAAUACGUCAACCCAACCAAGGAAGCCAGCGAUGAAUGGAAGAAGCGCAUCAACGACUUGGCUGCUCCGUCGCUGUUCCCGACUACUCGCUCGACAUAUAUGGGUGGCUCGGUUCCAGGCAAGGCUUUCGAGAUGACUUGCUACUCAGGAGGAGUGAAUGCCUAUGGUCCAGAGGUACGUAAUAAUUGA